AAACUUACUUGUGCUAUGAUUUUCGUUCUUUUUACAGUAACUCGACGGAUUAGCGUGUGAUUGUAAGCAGAACAUGGCCGUGGAGUUUAUCGGUUUUUUCUCUGUGCUUCUUUUCUUUCUCUCUUCUUGUAAAGCCAAGCUAGGGAACUACAGUGAGGCUCAGUGCAAGGUCUUACCGGUUGGAAAAGGGACUGCAUCCGAAUUCCGCGUUGAGGCUUCCGAGAAGGGUGUUAGAAUAAUAUACUUAGAUUUGAAGUUCAGUAACGACAGCUACCGUCCAUUAGAGUCAGAAAACGAGUUUCUCCCAAAUAGAUGGGUUUGGGCGAGUUUGAUCAGCGAGCCAAUGUUGUCUAUGUCCUAUGACUAUGACAUUUUAUCCAUGGGCCUCCUUAAAUACCAAACAAGAAGUAUGGAUGUGUUAUUGAAAGAUCAACCAAGCGGAUGCCUUGCGAACUUGAAAUCAUCCUAUCAAAACAAGGUAGUUGGAAGAGCACUUCUGAGUAUGACACAGAUAAACUCAGGUGAACCAUCAGAUAAGAAUGUUGUGUGUGUUGCAAUGAUUGAAAACUUUUUAUGGAGCUCCUUUGAGGGAAAUGUUAAAUUCCAGUGCUGUAAGAUGAGGAAAGACGAAAACACGGGGUCUGCUUCAAUUCAAUGUGAGCUGGAUGUUCAAGUUAGCGGUUGGUUCCAAGCUUUUAAUGGUACCCUAAACCUUUUGACUGUGCUAAUGAUGUUAAACCCUCGCGUGGAAGUAAAAACUCAUGCUUACUUUAAAGUGCACAAUUUAGCUUCAUGUUUAAUUACCCUUCACCAAAAAGCACUGGUAGGGUCUAUAAAGUUCUUUACAUGUUACGGUAUUGAGAAACGAGAUAGAACUCCUUUCAUUGCCUUGUGGGUGUUAUUCUGGGAUUUUGUUUCAGUCAUAGUUGUGGGUGGCAUUUUUGGAGGGAUAUGCCUCUGUCUUUUGUUAGUAGGAUUAGUCUUGCUUAUUUUUUGGUAUUCACCGUGGUUUAGUCUGAUCCAAGUCUGUUUUAGGAAACUAUUGCAAAUAGCAAGAAAACGUAUCCACGAAAUACGCAACGAAAACCUUCUUUUUCACACACAUAUUUUAAAGUUGUUUGUUGUUGAAUUUUUUGUAUUUUGUUUUCAUCUACUUGUAGAGGCAAUAUUAACAGACGGCUGUUGGGUAGGGGGCCUGUCUUGCCGAUGUAUCACUCGCAUGUUUGGUUUGGUGAUUUUAGGUCUUGUGUUAAAUGCGUCAAUCGUGGGCCCAUUUGUAGCAUUAUCUAUCGUUGCUUUAACAAACAUUUAUCUAUGUUACUAUAAUCUGCAAAUGCGCUACCGAGAUGUAAAGGAAAUGAUUUCGGAGAAGUGGCAGACUCUUGAUGGAAAACACGAGCACGAUGCAAUUCCAGAAGAUCUAUUUUGGCGCAUUUGUAGUGGCGCGUCAAAUUCAAAUAACACAGUUCCACCAGUUAGGGGUGAAGUAAACCUCAUGCUUUGCAAUAUGGCCAUUAUUUUGAUAUUUCUAUUUUUGGUUCACUGCUCUGUAUUUCUAGUAACUGAUGCGAAGAGCAUUUCAGCAGUGCCAUCAACGAUUACUGUGUUUUUAAGCGGAGCUAUUCCUGGGUUAUUUUUCAAAGGAUUGACUAACGGAAAGCGAUUUACAGGUGAGACAAGGGUGAGAAUGAUUAGAGAAAUCGAGGAGGCGGUUAUAGACUACAAGGAAAAUACCGCGGUAGAGGUGUUUAAUCUGUCGCAAAAUGAUGCUAAAUUUACCGCAGUUCCACCAGUUAGGGGUGAAGUAAACCGCAUGCUUAGCAAUAUGGCCAUCAUUUUGAUAUUUCUAUUUUUGGUUUUCUGCUCUGUAUUUCUGGUGACUGAUGCGAGCAGCAUGUCAGCAGUGCCAUCAACGAUUGCUGUGUUUGUAAGUGGAGCUAUUCCUAGCUUACUUUUCAAGGGAUUGACACACGGAAAGCGAUUUACGGGUGAGACAAGGGUGAGAAUGAUUAGAGAAAUCGAGGAGGCGGUUAUAAAGUACAAGGAAAAUACCGCGGUAGAGUUGAAUAAUCUGUUGCAAAAGGACACUUUAUCGAAUGAACUGACUUUGGCCUAGUACAAUGAAGGGUUAUGAUAUUCGGAAAGUGCCGCGAUCGUCGUGCGUCCCUUUCUCAUCCUUUGCUUGGUUUCGUGAGGAAGGGCGCAUCAGCUUUCCUAGCUACUACUACUUUUCAUAUUCAUUCCUUAGUUCUUCUAAGUACUCUAAAAGGACAUUCUCAUCUUAUAAGAUAUGAACAAGAAGUAAGAUUAGAUAACUUAUUGAUUUUGCCAAUGUCAGUCCUGACGCUAUGUGUGCUAUGUUCCAUCAGUUAUUAAUCAUUGCUGUCACUUAUUAAUCGUUGCUUGACUGAGUAUUAUGUACUUCAAGGCCUCUGUACUGAAAUAAAUAUUUCGUAAAUUGCA